AAGGCUCUAGAACAUCUCCUCCCUUCGCCCCGCCGGUCUUGCGUCGCUUCGCUUCGCUUCCCUUCCCUUUCCCUUUCCCUCUCCCUCUCUCCUUCUACCUAUCUGCCCAUCUACCCUGCGCCUUUUGCGGUUUACGUCCCUCUCGCUUCUAUGGCCUCGGAUCUGGCACGGAGCGCGAAGGAGGCCUUCGUCGACGAUGACUUUGAGCUCGCCGUUGAUCUCAACACCCGGGCGCUGGAGUUGGACCCCGCCAACGCCGAUCUCUACGCCGAUCGGGCCCAGGCCAACAUCAAGCUCAACAACUUCACCGAGGCUGUGGCUGAUGCUAAUAAAGCAAUUGAGUUGGCUCCUACAAUGUCUAAAGCUUACUUGAGAAAAGGUACUGCCUGUAUCAAGCUUGAAGAAUAUCAAACUGCAAAAGCAGCUCUUGAAGCAGGCUUCUUUUUGGCACCCACAGAUUCAAGAUUCACUAGACUGAUUAAGGAAUGUGAUGAACAUAUUGCUGAGGAGAUUAAUCGUCUGCCAAAACAAGGUGCCCAUGCUGCAUCACCAAUUGCAGUCAUUUCUUCUCAUGAUGGCAGUAUUGGGUCUCCUAAGGAAUCUGUGCCUAUUCAUGACGCAUCCUGUCAUCAGUCAGUCAAAGUUUCUAGCAAGCCAAAAUAUAGACAUGACCACUACAAUACUCCUACAGAGGUAGUACUGACCAUUUUUGCAAAGGACAUCCCAGAAAAAUAUGUGAACAUCGACUUUGGUGAACAGAUAAUAAGUGUCACAAUUGAUAUCCCUGGAGAAGAUACUUACCUCUUUCAACAUCGUCUAUUUGCCAAGAUUGUACCAGAAAAAUGCAGAUAUGAAAUUUUUUCUUCGAAAAUCGAAAUCCGUCUCUUUAAAGCUGAAGCCAUCACUUGGACAUCACUGGAAUUCAGUAAAGACAAAAAAGUUGUGCAGAAGGUUAAUGUGUCAGGAUUUGCAGAUGUAAAAUCUGAAAGGCCUUCUUACCCAUCCUCGAAAACCAAAGUUGAUUGGGAUAAGCUGGAAUCUGAAGUGAAAAAAGAGGAGAAAGAGGAGAAGCUAGAUGGUGAUGCAGCUCUGAAUAAGCUGUUCCGUGACAUAUACCAGGGUGGUGAUGAAGAUAUGAAGCGAGCAAUGAUGAAGUCCUUUGUGGAAUCCAAUGGAUCCGUGCUGUCAACAAACUGGAAGGAUGUUGGCUCAAGGAAAGUAGAGGGAACUCCGCCGGAUGGUAUGGAAAUGAAAAAAUAGGAGUACUGAUUCCAUCGAAGUCGUGUAGCAAUUCGACGUAACAAUGAGUGCACUGUGCAGAAAAUUUUGUCGUCAUCUAUCUUAUAUGAACGAUCGACCAAACACGCGUUUGUUCUGUAGUUUUGCUACCUCCGAUUAAUGACAAUAUGAUAGUAUUAUUGGAUUAUCUCA